AUGGGGCAUGGCAAGGACAAGCUCAGCUCGGGGGCUGUCAGGGCAUGCCCGCUUCAAGGUGACAGGGGAGCCACGCACAGGUUUCCGCUGAUAUGGAUCCCACUAAUUGUCAUCCUGCAGGCUGAAGCGGCGACGGCAUCAUCAACUGACAGGCGGCACAAGUUUGUCUCUUUUAAUACUUAUUUUUCAUUCAGGUUGUACAAGAAAGUGGUUUCCUAUCAAGUCCGCAAAAAUGUUUUCUUCUAUCCUGUGAGCAUCUCCACUACCCCUGUCAUGUUGGCCCUGGGUGCGAAACCUGAAACCCAGAGUUUCGUUUCCAGAGGACUCGGUUUUAAUCUUUCAGAGCUUGAAGAGAGGGAGAUACAUAGAGGAUUUUGCCAAUUUAUCCACAGAUUUAACUUGCCAAGAGAGAAAAUAAUGAAAACGGGGAAUGUUUUGUUCUUAGAAGAGUCAUUGAAAGUUCUGCCUAAAUUUUUGGAGGCUGUUGAAAUGCCAUAUCAGGUUGAAACCAUUUCUACAAACUUCCUGAAUGCCACAGCAGCCAUACAGCAGAUAAAUGACUAUGUGAAGAACAAAACUUAUGGGGAAAUAAACAAUGCAAUCACAAGCCUCAGUACAUACACUGUCAUGAUCCUUGUAAAUUAUAUCUAUUUCAAAGGGUUUGAGAGUCAUACUACACCUCCUCUUCACAUUAAAUUUAACAAACCGUUCCUGUUGUUUAUUAUUGACAAGUCAAAAGGAACCAUUCUCUUAAUGGGAAAAAUUGUAAACCCAACCAAGAAAUAA